UGAAAGACGUUUAUUUAUUUAUUUGUUUAUUUAUUACAUGUAAAUUUCCCAUAUUCUUGAGUUUUAUUGUGUUUUCUUUGAAAAGAUAUGCACAUCUAGAUACAUAUUAUAACUUUGAACAAAAUGGCAUCAAAAUAUUCAGUAGAUAUUAGCGUAAACUCAACGCACGAGCUAUAUCUUGAGGAUUUAGCAAGAUCUGAUUCUGGAGCAGACCGGGUGUCAACAGACUCCGCAUUAGGGGGCUCACAGUCACAGUCCCUUACCUCAACUAGUCACAUUGAGUAUGGUUUAGCGAGGGCAGGGCUGCAAUCAGGUUCGCCACCAAAAAAUGAUGGCCAGAUGUUGCAUUUAUUAGGACAAUUUAGACAAGUGUACGAAGAGAAAUUGAGUCGUCUAGAUGAAUUAGAAACUAAAGGUGAAGAUACAGCAAAGACACGGAUAAGAAUAUUAAAUUCAUAUAUAAAUGAUGUUGGUGAACAAAAUGAUGUUUUAAUUAAUACAGUAGAUGAGUUAGAACGUGAAGCUAAUCAUAGAGUAAACCUUCUGGAGUCGAAACUUCAGAAAACAUCAUCUUGUAUCAAGGAAUAUAUGUCUAAAGCUAGAGAUUUAGAAAGGGAAUUACGAAGUUUAACAAUUGAAAAAACGAGAGCAGAAACCAUGAUGGAUGAUUUGCGAUCUCGUUUACGAGAACAGGAGGACAAGUGCUCACAAUUCCGUUUGGAAAACAGUAAUUUAAAUUAUGAUAUUGAUCAAUUGGUUGAUGUAAUGAGGAAGGCUAGAUCAACAGGACGUUGGGAUGUUGAUUCAGUUCGGUUUCGAGAGUUAUCUCAUGAACAAGUUUUUGGUUCCUUGCAGGACACGUACAUAAAAUCUCUAGAUGAUGAUAUAAUUAGAGAUUUAGAAGAUAAAUUAAAACGAAGAGAUGAAACAAUAGAUAGUUUAAAUAGAGAUUUACAAUAUCAUCGGAGUAUGUCUGAUUCACGUUUACAGUAUUCAUCAAGUUCUAUUCCGUCCAGUCAAACAGAUAAAGAUUAUACUAUUAGUCAGUUAAAAAAUGAUCUUCGUAAAGCAAAUCAAACAGUCAAUGAUUUGCAGUAUGAGCUGUCAAAUAGAGAAAGAAAAAUAGGUUCACUUCAGUCACAGUUAUCUGAAUUAAAUAAUGAAUUGGCUUUAAAAAAUUCUGAGUUGGGUAAAACAGAAGAUUCCAUGCGUCAUUUAAGAGCUGAAACAAGUUAUUCUUUUAAACAAUCUUCAGAGAUGCCUCAUGGGGACAGAAGAAUACAAACAUUAGAAGAAGAGUUAAGAGAUGCAAAAGAACAGAAACGUAAAGCAUAUGAUGAGAUAAAUACAUUACAAGAACGUCUUCGUGAAAGUCAGAUGUCAACCAAAGAUCAUCAUGGUUUACUAAAGAAUGAACUUUCAAGACGAGAUGAAACGAUACAAAAACUACGAAAAGAUGUUUUAUCAUUACAAGACAAACGAGAUUCAGCUGUUUCAGAGCUUGAUGAGUGUAACAGAAAACUUGCACAACUUGAAGGAAAAUAUAAAACACAUACUGAUGAGUUAAACAGACAGAAAUCAUCAGAUAGUGAAGUUUCAUCUCUUCGAAACAAAUUAAGUGAAGCUGAAAAUGAGGCGUACAUGGCUAAGAAUAAAGUGACAAGGUUAGAAAGUGAAUUAGAAUAUUUACGUAAACAAGAAUCAGAUGCUCAAUCAGAGAUACUGAAAUUAACAUCAAAUUUACAUAAAUUACAGUUGUCCCAAGAUACAAGAACUCCAGAGAUUGAUCGUGAUUCUAUUGUAAAACUGAGAUCAGAAAGUCGUGAUGUAGAAGAUAAGUUGAGAGACACCUUAUCUACUGUACAACAGAAGAAUGACAUGCUUAAACAAUUAAAAGAUGAUAUCAGUGCUGCUAAUAAUAAGCUACAUGAUAGUCAGAUGAGAUGUGAUGAAAAAGAAAGAGAAUUACAACAAGUACAGACUAGAUAUUCAACACAAUCUAGAGAACUUGAUCGUCUCCAGACUGAUAUACAAGAGAAAGAUUUAGCUAAUGCUAGACAGGAAACAGUAUAUAAAUCACAGUUAGCUGAUAAAGAGGAUGAAAUAUCACAUCUUAAAGCAGAUCUGAAUAUUAUUCAUGAAAAAUUAGCACAGAAUGAUUCUCAGCUUAUGUCAAGAGAAGAACAACUUCGUCGUCUGCAAGCUCAGUUACGUGAAACACAAAAUGUACUAGCUGAGAAAGAAUCUGCUGUACAAAGAUUAGAAAUGGAUUGUAUAAAUAUGGAAGAUGACAAACGAUGUAUUGCUGAUAAUUUGGGUCGAAGUGAGAUAACUAUACGUCAACUAGAGAAUGAUUUAGUUAGUAUAAAAGAUCAGUAUAAAGAAGCUGUAGAAGAAAAUGGUAGAUUAGAAGCUAGAAUACAAGCAUUUACUAUAAAUGCUCAAAGUGAACAAGAUGAACUAAAUAUUGAGGUAAGGAGAAGAGAGGAAGCUAUUAAAAGAUUAAAAAUGGAACAUGUUAACUUACAAGAAAAGAAUAGUCAUGCUGAGGAAAAGAUUAGUCAAUUAGAAAGAGAAAUUGAUCAACAACGAAAUGAAAUUCGAUCUUAUAAAACAGAGAUUGAGGGUAAAAAAGGUACGAUUAAUAAUUUAGAAAUUAGUUUGGAUGAAGCUAAGCAACGCUCUAUGACCUUGAUAGAUGAAAUCAAUAAAUUAGAGGAUAAGCUUCGAACUUUAACCUUAGAUUUAACAACUUAUCAGUCGCAGAAUGAAAACCUACAAUCUAAUUUGGUCACCAAGGAUGACUUAGUUCAUCAAUUAAAAGAUGACCUAGAAGAAUUACAUAGACAACAAAAAGAAACUAUGGGCAAAGUUUUUGUUAGAGAUGACAAUAUUCAAAAACUUAACAUGGAGUUGAACAGACUCAAAGCUAAACAUCAUGAAAAAUCUAAUGAGAUUCAGCAACAAAAAGAUUUGAUUAUUAGAUUACAAGAUACUUUAACACACUGUCAUGUUGACCUUGAUAAAACACGAAAACAGUCGGACACAAAUUCUACACAGAAGGAAUUGGCUAUCAAAGAGUUACAAGAAGAACUGUUAGAAUGUCAGAGUCAGUAUUCUGAAUGCUAUAAUCAGGUGAUUAAACAGGAAGAUCAAAUCAGUAAAUUGAAAGAAGAAAAUAGUCGAUUGAAUAAGUCUGAUCAUCGUAAUGCCCAGGAUGUUGUCACAUUACAAGAUCAAGUUCAUCAACUAGAACUAGAUCUAACUAUAUCACAAGAAAAACAUAGAACUUGUCAAAAAGAGGUUGCGAACAGAGAUCAGAAUAUUCUACGUUUACAAACAGAUUUAGAUACAACUCAGCAGAACUAUAAUGGUGUCUCAGAGGAGUUGAAGAUUAGAGAGGAAGAAAUACAGAGAUUAACUUCUAAAAUAAAACAGCUUCAACAAGAGAUAAAAGAUCUGAAUACACAGAUUGAAAAUGCUGAUCAAAGGAUUGGUGGUGAUGAGAAGUUGAUACAACAAUUACAACAUGAUCAAGAAAUGACCAACCAAGAGGUAAAGAAUUACGUACGGACGAUUGAACAGUUGAAAUCUGAUCUUCAACUAGCUAGAAAUAGUCACGCUCAGGAGAUUAAACGUAUGGAACAAGAUAUAGAUAUGCUAAAAGAAGAUUUAGCUGCUACUAAAGAUGACCUUGCUGAUAAUCAGAGACAAUGUACCGAGUAUAAACUUACAGCAGAAACUUUAAAUCAAGAAUUAGAACAAUUACAUAAAUUAAAUGAAGAUUCUUCUGACCAGGUGAAACGACAGGGAGAUGUUAUUAGAGAAAAUGAACUAACUUUAUCUGACUCUAGACAACAAAUAGCUGUUUUAAACAGCCAUCUUGAUUCUGCUAAUGAAGAUCUGAAACGUUUAGAAGAUGAUUUAAACAACUAUAAACUGAAAUAUAAUCAGUCAAUAGGACAGAUAGAUAAUCUAGAAGAAACUAUACAAGGAUUACAAAAUAAACUUGCUGAAAGUAGAAACAGGGAGAUAGAAAGUGAGAGAACAUCAGAGAAGAUGAAGAUAGAGAUUAAUAGUACUAAUUAUCUAUUUGAUGAAACUAAGAAAGAAGUAGAUAAAUGUGAGAAUGUUAUAGAACAGUUAACACAAGAACUUAGUGCUACUCAAGAUGAUUUAUCUAGAGCUCAGAAUCGUAUUAAAGAAAAUGAAGAGAUGAUACGUAAUCUGAAAGAUAAAUUGAAUCAAACUGAACAUGAGGUUGGUCGACUAGAUGAGAAAGCUAGAAGUCUUGAUAAUCAUAUUAUUACUUAUCAGUCAGAACAUAGUCACACUGAUAAUGAGUUUAUGGAGAGAGAAGAUAGAAUUUCCCAGUUAGAAUUUGAUUUAGAAGAUACAAGGAAUACUCUACAAAGUAAAAUACGUUUAGUAGCAGAUUUACAAGAUCAAAUACAAGAUUUACAACAUGAAUUAUCAACAUUACGAGAUCAUAAAAACAGCACAGAAAAAGAGUUGAGUAGAGCAGAGCAGAACAUAGAACAAUUACAAGUAAACUUAUCUUCCACUCAUCAAAGACAUAAAGCUGAUUCGAGUCGUCUAGAAGAUCAACUUAAAUUAUUAGAGAGACAGCUAGCAGAAACACAAUCUCAAGCCAGACAACUAGAUCAAGAACUGGCUCGUAAAGAAGAACAAGUAAAACGUUGUGAUGAAGAAAUAGUGUCUUGUCGUGAGGACAUCAGACGAAAAGUAGAAGAGAUUGAAAGAUUAGAAUCCAAUGUACAUAAUGGUAAAUUAGAGAAUAAUAAAUUACAGGCAUCUCUAAGACAAGCUGAAAAUAUGAUUGCUGAUCAGAAAUCUGAGUUAGAACACCUAAAAACUGAUUUAACAGAUGCUAGAUCACAAUAUAAAGAUUGUGCUCAGGAGCUUGCUCACCAUGAAGAAAAACUGAUGUUAAUGGAACAAAGUUUGCAGACUACCCAAGAUCAACUGAGUCAACGUGUAACAGAAGUUGUCCGACAUGAACAAAAUUAUCGUAAACAACAAACAGAACUUAAAACAUGGAAGGAAAGGGCUAAUAGUUAUGAAGAUGAAAUAGCUGAUCAGAAAGCUUUGAUUGAGAAAAUGCGUAAAGAUUUGUUAACAUCUAAAGAAGACCAUCAUGCUGCUGAACAAGAAGGUGUGGCUUAUAAACAACAAGCACAUAAAAACCAGAUAGAAUUAGAUGGUGCUAGAGAACAGGAAAGAAUGUUGACUAAUCAGGUUGAACAACAAGAUCAGAUAUUGAAUCAGUUACAGACAGAAUUACGAGCUGAACGUGAACGACAUCAAGAAACCGGACGUCAGUUACAACAAAAUAAAAAGAUGUCGAUAGAAUUACAAGAUGAUGUUGAACAAUAUCAAAAACAAUUACGAGAUCUCACCAUCAAGGGAAAAGAAAAAGAUGAAAUAAUUAUUAGACUCAAGUCUCAAAUUGGUGAAUUUGAACAACAAGUACGUAAUAAUAGAGAUGAUAUUAUGGAUAAAGAUGGUCAACUACAUGUUUUAAAUCUCAACUUACAAACAGCACAAAGACAGAAUACACAUCAACAGCAAGAGAUAAACAGAAAUCAGGAUUUAAUUGGAAAGUUGCAGUCUGAUUUAGAGGCAACUAAAGAACAAUACCGAAUAACUAAUUCUGAGUUGACAGAUGCUGAACAGAGAAUACAAGAUUUAAAAUUACAAGUUACAACAGCUCAAGGUAAUCACAAGGAAUCUAUGGAACAACUGUGUGAACGAUCUAGACAAUUAGCUUCAUUAAAAACAGAACUAGCUAAAUUACAACAACAGAAUCAAACAAUGACAGAUGAGAUCCUGUUCUAUGAAGAUAAAAUGAGAAAAUUACAACAAGAAUUGAAGAAGAUGCAAGAUUUAAAUAAAGCUACAGAAGAAGAGUUGAUUAAUUUUGAAGAACGUUACAGAGUAUUACAAAAUGAUUUACAUGAAAGUCAACAACAAACUAAACAAACUCUACAAGAACUGGGUAGUAAAGAAGAAGAAAUGGUCUGUCAUAAAGUAGAAUUCAGUACUUUACAAGAAAAGUUUAAAAUUAAUGCUGAAGAUUCUGAUAAAAUGCGAAAUGAGUUAGAAAAAUUAAGAGAGAAUUAUAAAAGUGCCAAUGAAGAAAUAAAAGCAUUACGAAUAGCUUUAGAAGAAUCUCGUGCUAACGGAGAUAGAUUACAUCGGGAAAGUGAACUGGUUGUACAGAAUGUUAAUACAUGGGUUCAAGAACAAAAAAUGGCUAAUGAAAAACUUGGCAAUAAAAUUAGAGAACAAAGUAAAGGAAUUAUGAAUUUAUCAUCAGAAAAAGAACAUUUACAAGAUCAGAUGCAGAAAUUACAGAAACAAAAUAACCGUUUAAGAACAGAAUUAGAUGAGAAAAAAGCAGAAGGUGAUAGACUUAAGUCAUUACAGAAUCAUACAGCUCAACAAGAAGUUAUACUAUCACAGUUAAAGAAUAAAUUAGAAGAACAUGAGAUUGAUCAAGAUCAAGAACUGAAGUCCAAACUGAUAACAAUAGAAGAUCUUCAUUCUCGUCUUAAAUCUAAUGUUGAUAACAUACAACAUCUAAAUCAACAGCUGUCGACAUUACAGAAGGAAAACUCUCGUCUACGGUCUGAUUUAGAGAGAGAAAUAUCAGCUCGACAGACACUAGAAAUGCAAGUAGAAAAUAAAGAACAGAUGAUAAACAGUUUACGAUCACAAAAUAGAUUAUCAGAACAUACGUCUGCUAGAGAUCCUGAAGUCACCACUCGAACAGCUCUUAAGAAAGCCAUGCAAGAAACAGGAGUGAAUGAUCCACACACAUUAGAUAAAUCUUAUUGGAUCCAAAGAGUUGGGGAGCUUUCCGUACAGCUUCAACAGAGUAGUGAAUAUUGGUCAGAUAAAGUACGAAGUUUAUCAAUACAAAAGAUGGAGAAACGAACAACCACAACAACACAUUCUAGAAAUUCUUCACCUAGUCGAAGAUAAACUAACGUCAACAAGCACAUCAAAAUCAACCAUUCACAUCAUUACGAACCUCAUUGGUAAUUUAUAGUUUUCGGUUUAAUGAUUUUGAUGUAGAUAAUUUUUUAAGAAUUCAUGAAAGACUAGAGCUUCUAUAUUUUGGGUAGGAAACAUGUAGAAGUACAUAUUUGUACUUGUAGUAAUUAAAGACCAUUCAGGCUUGACCAGCAGAUUAGUAUUUUAGUUAUAUCAACAGUAUUAUCAAUAUAUACGCUUGUAUCAUAAUAGUGUCUUUACAUUUCAUAUAUCAUAAUACUAAACUGGAAAUUAAUACACAAAGUCCAUUACUUUUGAAUCAAAAAUAGCAUAUUUUAUGUUAAAUAAAUUCCAGUUUAAAAAAAAUAACUUAUUGUAAUAUACUUUGUUUUGAAUUUGUUGCCGUCCAAAUUUUGUUUUAAUUGUUCUAUGUAAUUUUAGACUGUAACUUAAAACUGCUGAUGACUUAUUUAAUUUUACUUGUUCAUAAGGUGUGAUUCUUUUAUUUUGAUAAAAGAUUCUAAACAAUAUGAAUUUAAUUUACAUGUACUUGUUAUUUUCAAAAAAAGAUCUAUUUUUCUGUUCUUUUUUUUAUUAAACUUUUUGUGAUUGCAAAGUUGUUUAUUUCUGAUUGUGUUUAUUUAGCCAAAUAAGACUGCUUAAACAGACCAUUCUUGUCUCUUUUCUUUCUUUCGACUUGUAUUCUUCCUUAAUUCAUAUACAUUACUUUAUCUCUAGAAAUGUAUUUAUUCCUCUAUAUUUGUGUCUCUAUCAAUAUAGAAUAAUUUAUAUUAUAUCAAUAUUUAAUUAUCUUACAUUUGUGAAUAUCCUAAAUUUGACUUAGAAUAUCACAUUCUUGCCCGAGCCAAGUUAAAUGAAAUUUUUUGGGAUUUUUUUUUCAUUUUAAGAAAGCAACAACAUUGCUUUGCUUCAUACUAGAAACAUUUCCUAUUUUGAAUUAAUAUUAAAGAAAUUGUAUUCCUACUAAAUGUCAAAAAACAUUGGCAGUUCUAAAAAGUUUAGGUAAGACUAUUACUGAAAAUUGUUGUUUAUUAUGCUGUUUUAUAUGAAACUCAAUACAUUUGAUUCUGCCGACUUGGCCUAGGUAUUUAUGUACUAAUAAAUCGUGAAAAUAAAAUAGUUUUGUAAGAAGAAUAUUAUAAUUUUAGAUUUUAGUAAAGAUAAGAGCAAGAUAAAAAUGGUCUUUAUAUUUGACCUUAUGAGUUAAGCUAUUUCUGUCAUAGUAUUAUUAUUAUUAUUUAUGUGUGUUUAUUUCUAUACAGUAUUUAUGUUAUUAUUUAUAUUAUUUUAAGUUAUCAUUCUUUACAUACAUACCAAUCAUCUGUGAUAGUAAUGAUAUAUGUAUAAUAUAUUAUUUUAUAAAAUAAAAUAUUUUGUACCA